AUGGAUUAUGAGUUGAUUACACAGAUAUUAAAGGAUUUAGAGGCACCACAUUCAGAAGAAACUGUUGCAUUAUUCGAAAAGAUUGAAGCAAUUAGGAAUGAAGCAAAAUUUAUUAAAAAUCAACCAUCUCUACAAGAUAUUAAAGAUAAGAUCAACGAAGUACGUGAAAAAUCAGCAAAGACACAGCAAAACAUUGAAUUUCUUAAGAAAAAGAUAUACAGUAUCUCACAAAUUCUUGGAUUAAUUGUUAUCAAACAAGAAAAAUACAAUCAUGAUGUUUUCAAGAGAAGAGCUGAUAAAUACAAAGCAUUGAGAGAUCGUGUUGAGAAAAUUGUUGCUGAAAAUAGAAUAAAAUUAAAUGAGAAACCUAAAAUCAAACAAACUGUCCCAAGCUAUAAGAUUUCGACUCAUAUGAAAGAGGUAAUACAAGAAUAUAUUGACUCUAAGGAUAAAUUAGACGAAAAACUUCAUGAAGAAUCAUUAUUCAAUUUUUCAUCAGAAUCAAACAACUACGCACUUCUUGACUGCGUCAAAGACUUAUAUUAUGUUUGCAAAAACCAAUACAUUGAUGUUUCUCCAUUUGAUCAAACUCAUUUCAUUAGUAUGAUCCUCGGAAUAUAA